AUGGAUCUGAGGAGUUUGCGGAAGUUUACGUAUACGGCGAUUCUGCCUUUUGCGACGCACAUGGACUUUCGGGGUUUGUUGCCGUAUAUCGACGAAUUGGACGUCAAGCUUGCGCCGGAUGUGGAUUCGCAUAUCUUGGACGAUAAAGAGCGUGUCGGGACGGCGCAAUUGGAUGAUUGCUGGCAGGAGCUGUUCACUGCGUAUCGGCUGAUUAUACGGCCCUUCAGAACGUUCGAUAUCAGGCCCGAUGGUUCGCCAAAGCUUAAGAGGUUCAUCUGCAGGGACAUGUUGCAUCCAGGACUUCGGGAUGAGCUCGAUGAUGAGUUCAUCUCCUUGUGCUUGCCGGUAUGGGCUGAGAUGUCGACGCCUGGGGUGUUUGAACGGCAAGCGGACGUGCCGCAUCUUCCGGCGGAUGAAUUUGCUCAGUAG